AUGAUCAUCACAGACCUUCAUUCCGAUUUGAUUUUUCAUGUGUUGAGCUAUUUAGAGGGUCGAGAGGUUCUGAAUGUUAGACAAUGCUCUCACUUAUUUUAUGAUUGUUAUAUGGAUCACCGCAAACAAAUUUGGAGAAAUUUAUUGCGGCAUGUAUUUCCAACAUUUUUCGAAAAGGUGAAAGAUUAUUUAGAAUUAUCAUUUGACAGCAGUUUCCGAUCAAAGGAAAAUAUCGAAUGUGCUUCACUACUCUUAGAGUCUACGGAAAGAAAAGAACCUACAUGGAUUGAUUAUUUUGAUUUGUAUUUUAAAGCCUUGUUGCAUUCCGAAUUGAAGGGCAAUUUCACGUUGAAUGUACUGAACCCACUGAAGGUCGCGGAUGGCCUUUCAGAAAAAGGAAUUCCCAAUUCUCCAUCUACACGUGGCAAUAACCAACCAUUGCAAUCAAAUUCAUCUUCCACUCUGGAUUUUAUGAAUCAAAUUCUUCCUGUAUCGUAUAGCUGUUUCAUGAAAAAGUUUAGAAAUCUUGAAGGAUAUUUGCCUAACAACAAUGUUCUUUCGAGACUUACGGUAGAGGAGAGGAGUGUGCUGGACGCCAUGACCAAUAAGAAGAAGUAUUUACUUUUUUCUCGAUUUAACGAUCCAACUUUUUCAUUAGUGGAUGUGGAGAAUAGACAAAUUGUGAAAAAGUUCACAGGUCACAAAGGCACAGUGCUCGACAUCAAAUGCUUAUUCAUGGAUCCAUUUAAUUUAAAGUCAAAGAAUGUUGGUUCUGGAACAUUCUAUCUCAACACUACCUCUUCAUCAUUUAACAAUAGAAUAAUAUCCGCGUCCAGUGAUCAAACAAUCAAGAUAUGGAACUUUACAACAGGAAAUCUUAUUGAAAGUUUAACUGAACAUAAGGGAAGUGUGGUAUCCAUUGAGAGUAUGAGUGAAAAUAUUGUGACAAGUGCAUCACAUGAUUUGAGCAUCAAAUUUUGGGAUAUUAAUGUAGGAAAAUGUAUCUACACAUUAUCUGACGUUCACGAAAGACUACUCUACAAGAUUCAAUACAAUCCUUGGAAUCAUCUUCUAUCCUCAUGUGGUAAAGAUGGAAAGGUUAAGAUAUUUGAUGCUCGUGCUGUUGCACAUUCUCAGAAACCAAUCAAAGUUUUGGAACAUAAGAAAGAUGGAAAUGACGAGCUGCUAUCUGUGUACUCUAUUGCCAUGAACUCUCACAGUAUUUCUUGUGGUGGAAAAGAUGGUCUUUUUACCAUUUUUGACCUGCGCAAGUUGAGCCAACCACUCCUUAAACAAUCAUACACAUCGCCGGUGGACAGAAUUUAUUGUGAUGAACUUAAGGUCACUCUUUUUGAAGCUUUCUCGUGUAAGGUCAUUGAUUUAUUGACAUUACAGGAGAAGACAAUUAAUGAACUCGAAAAUAGACAAGCCACAUAUUGUGUAUCCUUAGGCAGUGAGCUAUUUAUUGACUAUGGAACAAUGGUAACUCAGAUCGAUAAUCAAGAUCUUUGUCUUGUUGACUUUCACUGA